UCCAGCAUCGUCACAGGACAACCCCUCCCCCACUUGUACAAUACAGAAUUCAGACACGACUGGAUGUACGAUAAGUGGAUGCGGGUUUUUUUUUUUCCUAGUCAGGCCGACUCGUCAUCAUCUGCAGUGUCCAUCCUCACAGCAGCGGGGACUCAAGGAGCGGUGUUGGGCAAGUCAACAAACAUGGCUGCGAUGCAGCAUCACCGCUCGCCGACGAUCGCCGUCGUCGCCCCGCUACAGCUGCUACUGAUUCUGUGCGCCUUGCGGCCGAUCCACACUCGCAUGACGGCCAUAUCGGAUUUAAAAUCCAAAAUCACAGGAGUGGAGGAGCUGCUGGAGGAGUUCCGCAAGCAGCUCCAGCAGGACCAGACGUACCGACCGAGCGAGGUGUCCGACUCCUGCGUGAGCGAAUUCAGCUCGACCCGGGAGAGCAUCAUCCGAGCCAAGGCCUCCAUCGAGCAGGGAGCCACCUUCCUCAUGGCUCCGGAUCGAGUUUACACCUGGAGGGACUGCGUGCACGCCUGCUGCGCGCAGCCUCACUGCACCGUGGCGGUCGUCCAGGUGGAGCCGAGGCAGGCGGGGGACAGCCUCAACUGCUACCUGUUCAAUUGCACCUACAGGAGCCAAAAUGUCUGCUCCUUCGCUCCGCAGCCGGGUUUCGCUUCACACAGCCGCCCGCUGAACGUCUCGCUGGGGCGCGUUCUGCAGGACUCCUCCGGAGGCUCCGAGAACGAGAGGAGGCCCGGGGAGGCGGAUGACACACAAGAGAUCGACGAGCCCCCACGCUGCGAUGCAGGACAGGAUGUUGUGAUCCAGCUGCCCACCGACUGGGCAGUUUUGGACGGCCGCGACAGCGUGGACGACCACGGGAUCAGUCGCUACGAUUGGACUCUCGUGAAGGGGGACGCGGCCAUCACCAUGAAGGCGUCUCAUCCAGGGCUGCUGAAGAUCACUGGUCUGCAAGAAGGCGUCUACACUUUCCAGAUGACUGUCACUGACACAUCGGGUCAAAAAACGUCAGACAAUGUGUCUGUUACAGUGUUGGCACCAAAACACCAAGCAGAAGUGUGUACCGGCCGCUGCUCAAAUUACCAGUUCAAAUGUGACGACGGCUGCUGCAUUGACAUCACCUUUGCCUGCGAUGGGAAGCAGCAUUGUCCCGAUAGAUCAGAUGAAGAUUUCUGUCCAAACUUUGACACCAGCAGGAAGUCGGUGACCCACGCUGAAGGUCCGCCCAUCCGCCCUCUUCCGGUGGCACACACUGUCCAGUCUCUGGACAGUUUUGUGCUUCAGACUGGGACCAGGAUGACCAAUGACAACAGUAGACCUUCUCAGGAGAGGAGCAGAGUCACACCCCCACCCAGUCAGAAGCAGGAUUCAAACAGUCAAGACCCAUGUUCCACUGCUCCAAUUGUGGGACCUUGUAAGGGCACCUUUGCACGCUGGUACUAUGACCAUGAAGCAGGAGAAUGCAAACACUUCCUAUACGGUGGUUGCCAGGGCAACCAUAACAACUUUCUCCAGGAAUCAGACUGCGUCAGUGAAUGUAUACAGAAAAGUCCGGGUCUUAAACCAGCUACUGUGGCUCCUCCCAUCACCAAGCAGACUGAAAUAGCUGCUCCGGGAGUUUCACAGAUCCAAGAGGGUGAGAUCCCGGUCUACAAACGGUUCCCAGUAAAGGGAGGCCAUCCGGUCGCCGAGUCAGGUGCCGUCCUCCCACUGGCACUGGGCCUGAUCAUCACCGCCCUGCUGCUGCUCCUGAUUGCUUUUCGCCUGAGGCUCGUGCGCCACAAGCUGAAAAAAGCGCGACCCCUCACCACGGAGGAGUCCGACUACCUCAUCAACGGCAUGUACCUGUAGCCACAAACGGAAUCUCUUGACACUUCCAACCUGGGGAAAAAGAAAGAAUGGGAGCCACCAGAGCCCCGAGUCGGGACCUUUUGAAUUUGCACUCUUAUUUUUCCUGUAGCCUAACCUCUUGUGAUUAGUUCCAUGUGAUCUUGGAAACAUCCCGUCCCGCUCUGCUUUGCCUCAUGCUUCGACAUUGAAACCGUCCUGCUGCUGAAGGGACGCUGCCUUCAAAGCUAAUGACAUCUUCUGAUGUUGGUGAGUCCAUGAAUACUUUCUAUAGAAGUUUUGGGACCCCUGACCACUACGCAUACUCAAAAUAUCGAGUCGGGCACUCUCUUAAUCCCGGCUCACUAUAGUUCAAAACAAAGGUUGUUUGGAUGAAGCCAGGGCAUGAAAAUUUUCCCUCUCUUCUAACCACAGAACUUGCUUUUAUUUUGAUACAGUGCUUAAUGAUUGUCCCAAGACUUGAUAUCAGAGAAUCUUUCAUUUUCAGUCAAGUAUGGUGCACUAUGACUAGACAAUUCAAUAGAAUCAUAAUUGUAACAUGUAUAUAUAUUUUUUUUCAAUUCAAAAAUUUAUUGUGCCAUGUUUGUAGUCUCAAAACUCACCUGUGGAUGGAAAUGUAAAUACAGCGAGACUAAGCCAUAGCAACAGUUAUAUUGUACUUCUUUAUCCUGCUCUGGAAUGCAUCCUUGCAAAGCUUCGUGUAUUCGAUGUAUUACAUUGAGCACAUGUAUUCAUUCAAAGUGUUGUGCGUCAUUUGAAAUUCAAGUUUAUUAUAUAAAAAGAUCAUUCGAACAUUUACCACUGCAUUGCACAGCCCCGAGAGUCACUGACUUAAAUUUUUCAAAUGCGUAUAUCAAUAUAAUUUUCCACAGUAUGGUGGGAAGUGGUGAGAUUAUCACAAUUAAAUAGUAUCCGUGUUAAAAUCCCAGUUCAGGUCCUCUUGUGCGGAGUUAUCCGCAUGCUGUGUGGGUUUCCACGCAGAUUCCAAAGAUACUCAUGUCAGGUAUGAUUUAUUUUU